AUGAAAUCUAAAAGGAGUCAACACCCUCCUAGUCCUCCAAUCAACCCCUUGUCGAACUCAUCGGAGCAGCAAGAAAACGAAGCAGUCGGAGCUACCGUCGACCGCCAUUACAUCCCACCACCACUGCAGUCUGCCACCAUCGCCUUGCUGCCAUUGUCGUCCCACCGGAUACCUGCAUCUGGAUCUGUGGGCGGUGACAGGUGGUGGUGGGGACUGCCCACCACAGCAACGACGACGAGUAGUGGUAGCACAGCAGCUUUGUUGCUUCCGUCUUCCCAAUACAACGGUGAUCGAAGAGGAAAAAAGGAGCAAGGAUUGGGGUUUGUUUGGGGUUGCUCAGAUCAACAGAAAAGAAAAAGAGAUGAGGUGAGGCUGGAAUGGUUCUUUGGUGGGCGGAGACGUAGCGGUUCACGAUGGAGUUUGGUGGUCGAAUGGAGGCUAGCAGGUGGUGCAGUGGCUAUCUCCAGAUUGUCGGAGGUAGCAACCCCUUCUUGUUCGUUGAAAUCGGGAACGAAAGAAAGAAAUGGGUUGUCCUAA